AUAUAAAGGUGGUAGCGCACAUGUUCAACAUUAAACUGUAUGAAAAAGACAGAUAUAUUGACUGUUAUAACCUUUUAAUAAAUUUGUAAUUAUAUCAUGAAUAGCAAGAGAGGUUUGUUAUGUAUCGCAACGAUUAUGUUGCUAGUGAAGGUUUCGGAAUCAGUUCCUACCAGUAAUACAAAAGAUGUAGCAGAACUAAAGCUUCUACUGAACGAAGAAAGAGAUAGAAGGGCGGCAUUAGAGACCAACGUCAACAACUUACAGAACAUAAUAUACCUUAUACAGAGCGACAUGAUGAAACGUUUUGAGAUGAUAAAUGGACAAAUCGGCAAACUUGUGAAUGGACAGAACGUGGCUUUUUAUGCACGACUGUCUAAAAGUUAUGAAGAUAUUAAACCAUGGGCUACAAUCGUGUUCUCUGAUGUUGAAACAAAUACAGCAGGCGCUUACAACAGUGUCAACGGUGAAUUUUCAGCACCCAUUGCAGGAACUUACGUUUUUUAUUCUAAUAUUCUUUCAAAUCCAGACAAGACUAUUGAGACCUCAAUCCAAGUUAACGGUGCCAACAAAAUGUAUUUAUAUUCAGGCGGAAAGUACCGAGGUUCCGGAAGUAACAUGGCUGUGGUUCAUCUAAAUACUGGAGAUAAAGUAAAAAUGGUUAAACAUGGACCCUGGGGACAGAAGCCAUUCUACAUACAUCAAAGUUGGAGUUCAUUUUCCGGGUUUCUUCUCCGGGCUGAUGCGGCUGCCUUAGUACCAACAGCUUCUAUAUAGACGUAUAAUUACUAGGUAACGACAGAGUUCUUGUAACUACGUGAUGACAAGUGUGAUAUCACUAUUUGAUUACUGUUGAUGUUUUUUAUUCAAGUAAAAUUAUCAUCAGAGAAUACAUGACGUUUAGCAGUCUUGUGCAAGUCACUUCGCCUGUGAAUUCAAAAAGGACAAGUCAACAAGGGUUUCAGCACUGUACUGUACGUUAAAGUGAAUGUGCUUCUUUGUAAAAUACGUUUCAUCAAUUAUCUACUUCUUUUGUAUUAAACACAUAUACAAUUGUAUUAACUGAUACAAUAUCACGUAGUUUUUUUAUAAAAAUAAGUAAUCAUUUAAUGUUAUUAAAAAUGGUAUACCCCGAUAAAAUCAUAACAAGAAACAAAGAUUUUAUUCAUUUUGAAAUAAAAUGCGUGAAAUUGUCACCACAUUCGAUAUUUGACCUUCGCUAUAUUCGAAUGUUCUGUUUAAUCACAUUCGAGCGAUACUUGUAAGGGGAACAAUACCAGCAUUACUAAGUUUUUCGCUGAGUGUAAGAGUUGUCAAACUUCGACCGUUUAGCGGAUUUAUUACCUUUAUCUUAAGUCAGUGAAAGUUUAAUGGAUGGUAUAAGACCACAGUUAUUAGUCCCCUACUGGUUGAAAACCAGUUUCGGGGACUAUAGGAAUACGCUUUUCCGUCCGUCCGUCAUUUCGUCCGCCCAUCCGUCCGUCCGCAAUUUCGUGUCCGGUCCAUAACUCUGUCAUCGAUGAAGUGAUUUUAAUAUUAACUGGCACAAAUGUUUCCCAUAAUGAGACAACGUGUCAUGCGCAAAACCCGGACUCCUAGUUUAAAGGUCAAGGUCACAAUUGGGAGGUCAAAGGUCAACAGGGCUUUUUCCUGUCCGGUCCAUAACUAUGCCAUCCAUAAAGGGAUUUUAAUAUUACUUGGCACAAAUGUACCUCAUAAUAAGACGAUGUGUCAUGCACAACUUUCAGACCCUUAGCUCAAAGGUCAAGGUCACACAGUCAAAUGUUUACAUAGCAUGAACAGGGUCUGUUUCGUGUCCGGUCCAUAACUCUGACAUUCAUUAAGGGAAUUUUACGAAUGUUCCCCAUGAUGAGACGACGUGUCAUGCGCAAAUCCCGGAUCCCUUGUUCAAAGGUCAAGGUCACAAUUGAAGUUCAAAUGUCAACAGGGCUUUUUUCCUGUCCGGUCCAAAACUCUGCCAUCCAUGAAGGGGUUUUAAUAUUACUUGGCACAAAUGUUCCCCAUGAUGAGACAACGUGUCAUGCGCAAAACCCGGACCCCUAGCUCAAAGGUCAAGGUCACAAUUGGUGGUCAAAGGUUAAUAGGUUGUUUUUUCCUGUCCGGUCCAGAACUCUGUCAUCCAUCAAGGGAAUUUAAUAUUACUUGGCACAAAUGUUCCUCAUGAUGAGACGACGUGUCUUGCGCAACACCCAGAACACUAGCUUAAAGGUCAAGGUCACACUUUGAGAUCAAAGGUCAAUGGGAUUUUUUCCUGUCCGGUCUAUAACUUUGUCAUGCAAAACAGGAUUUAUAUAUCAGUUUGCACAAAUAUUCACCUGUUUGAGACAAUGUGUCGUGCACAACACCCGAGUCCUUAGCUGCAAGGUCAAGGUCACACUUGGAAGUCAAAGGCCAAAAGGGUUUUUCUUCUUGUCCAGUCUGACACUCAACAAUUCUUAAAGGGAUUUCAAUAUUACUUGGCACAAAUGUUCACCACUAUAAGACGGAGUGUCGUGCGCAAGAACCUGGUCCUUAGGUCGAAGGUCAAGGUCAAACAUAGAGGCCAAAGGUCAGAUACAAGAAUGACUUUGUUCGGAGCAUUUCUUCUUCAUGCAUGGAGAGAUUUUGAUGUAACUUGGCACAAAUGUUCACCACCAUGAGGCAUCCAUGUUUUUAGAAUUACUUCCCUUUGUUAUUACUAUAAAUAAAUUAUAUUGUAACUUAUUUAUUACUGGCCGUAGGAAAAAAUCGAGACCUGUUUUCUGUGGUACAUCAUGCAUGUUACAUCCAAUUUUUAGGAUCAGUUUGACCUAUCUCUACCUGGUAAAGAGUUUCUUGUGGACUUAUAUUAUAUUGAUGUUUCUUUUUCUUCUUUUUUUUUAAGGAUUAAUUUCCCUUUGUUGUUACUAUCAAUAUUUUAUGACACAUUUUUCGAUAAUCAGCCAAAAAAUGCCAUAUGAAAACAGCUGUAGGUUUUUAUAUAUAUAAAUUUUAAUCAAAGUGUUUUGUUAUAACAUAUUGUAUAUAUAGUACAAUAUUGUUUAUACAUCAUUGACAGAUAUCAGUUCAUUAUGUUAUACUGCAGUAGAGAAAAUUAGGUGCCUUCCAGUAGGGGACUUUGUAUUGCAUGGCAAUACUUCAUUCACUUCUUUUUACUAUAAUGUUCUAUAUAGGCACUGUAUACUAUUGCAACUUUGCAUGCAUUCCAACCCCCUAAAUAUACCUGAACUCAACAGAACUAUUCAAGAAAAAAAAUUCCAGCAACAAUAAACAUGGGAUUGACCGGCUCUUUUUACCACCAUUUUGAACCAAAUCACAUGCGUAUGAAAAAUACUUCCUAGAUGGCCGCAAACAGGCAAAACAGACCCUAUCAAAAAGUCAUGUUAUGCGUAUUCUGACAUUCUCAUUCUGUCAAAUUGUACAUGUACCUACUAUUUCAUAUCUCCUCUAUUAAAUUAUGCCAUUUAUUGAAGGUCUUUCACUCAAAAAUUCACUAAUAUUCACCAUCAAACAGAGGAACUAUUUUCCGCGUAACCACUUCCUUAACUGUGAUCUUGUGCCGGAGGCUAUUCAUGGAAGAUAUAAUUCUGAUUAUUGACUAUGUAUUGCAUUUUCAGAUCUCAAAUAAACUGUCGGAUGCAUUAAAGACUGUCACUGACAAAAAAUGAAUUGGCAUAUAUGCGAAAGACGGGUGCGCAGGAGUAAAUGACAACUAUUUAAUGCUAAAUGUCAAUUGAUUAAUGUUAAAUGCAACAUACCAAAUGCUUUAUGUUAUAUACUUAAUGAUAGAUUCUAGAUGCUUAAUAUUUAAGAUAGCUAACGACUUUUGCCAAAUGAUAAACUUAUAUCUUAAAUUAAUGAAUGUAACUUAAUAUAUCCUGAUUUAAAGCAGUAAAAUGUUCUACCUGUCAUAGGAAUACGUGACCGAAAUUGUUUACUAUAAAUGUUUAGAAAAAAGCUUUUAACAUACAGACAAAGUUAUGUAACGAAGGUCAAUGGCUAUUUAAUCGAUAAAUUCAUCCGUUGAUAUAAUCGGCUCUUUAUUUGAAUAAACACUAAGGGCUAUAUUCAUAGACAAUACUCCAACAUAUGGUGGCUGAUUUCUGCCAGUGUCGUUCUGUCGUUCUGGCGCCCCCGCCAUAACGAAAGAACGACGUUUUCCUCUUUUGGCGUUGUCUCGUUCUGUGUUUCGUCAUUAAAAUUGUUAAUUUUGUUAAUAAAACUUAUCGCCGAUA